GUGACCGAGUGUAGCGGCGGGGAGCAGAGCCGGAGCAGCCGCGGUUGUCAUGGUCGUCAUGGUCCGAAGAAGAGUAUUUCAUCUAAGAUGGGGGACCGUGUGGAGCUAUCGUUGCAGAUCACUCCAGAGACUUCAGGCAGGCCUUCAAUAAGAAACCCAUUUGAAAGUCCCAAUGACUACCACCACCUCCGCGAGACCCUGGUGCCAAGCCCAUCUGUCUUCAAGUCCAAGCCUUGUAAAGCGACUCCACCCAAGUUUAACUGGUCUAUUGAUGAAAUGGCCAGUCUCCUCCCAGUGCACAUAGACCCAGAGGACAUCCAGAGACAGUCUUUUUACCUGAGCCAGACAAGGAUGGAUUCUGACAUUGAGGAAAAGCGACAGAAUGCUAUUGACCAGUUUUUCACCAAAGGUGCCAUUGUGCCCUCGCCCUGGGCAGCACCAGACACCCGUAGAGCCCCUCAGAUGUAUAUGAACAGUUCCACGUCUUCAAUGAUUGUAGAAGAGCCAGAAAAAAUAUCAGUUUCUUGUCAGACCAUUCUUUCAUUACCCGUGUCUUUCAAUUUGGAGAAAGUACUAGGGGAUUAUUAUUGCUACCAUGAAGCAUGUGAUGCUAUGCAGGAGAGUCUCAGUUCCUCCUCCUUAAGACGGAAGCUCUUCCUCGAUGGACAGAGCGCUUACAGCGACUCUGACUGCUCCAGCCCACCAAGCCCAGAGAGAAGCCAUGUCGCAGAGGAUAGGCUCUCUGUAAACCGAGCAGAGGGAGCUGUAGGAUGGGUGGCAGGUCCUGAGGGAGAGGCUGUAUCGCCUGACUUUUCCUCCCCUUUGUCCUGUUGCACGCCGGCUCCGACUCCCUCUACGGGUCAGUUCUCGUCCAGUCCCAUCCAGCAUGGCCACUUCCGGGACUGCAGCCUCGGCAGCAUCACCAGUCCUCUGUUCCCCGAUAGGUCGUCUCCCGCUGGCUUCGUCUCGCCCACAAUUUCACCUAUUGUUGCACAUGCGCAACGCACACCCGUAUGCUCAGCUGAGAGGAAGCAGCCGAGCAAUUUUACUCCACUGGGUAAAAAUGUCACUCCUUGCAACGAGAGUCCCUUGGUCGAGGGUUGCUCUCCCAUUCGUAGCUGCUCCCCACACCUGCUCCAUGGCCAAGACGAGUCCCAGCACAAUGCCAGACCCAGAGUCCGCUGCUGGGCCUCCCCUCCCCUCAUCUCCCCGAUCCUUAACCCUAAGCUUCAAGACAAUCAAGAGGCUGAGCACCAACUCCCCUACUCUUCUCCGUCUUCUUCUUCCUCCUCUUCUCUCCCCCCAAUGGAGUUAGAUUCACCCUCGCCCCUGGCCCUUGACGCACACCACGCCGACACUGAGAGAGUUAGCUUGGCCCCUAUGGAACCUGUGAAAAUGGAGGAGGGCAAGGACGCAGGGACCGAAGGGAGGUUGGAGGAAGAAGAGGAGGAAGGUGCCGGGCUUUCGGCACAGCUGACCAGCUCUCGUAUGGGCAACGCGUCGGCAACAGAAAGCUCUCGUAUGUUUGUUUCUCUUCUGGCGGAGGGAAGCAGCAUACGCUACGAUUCCAGCAUGCAGGUGGACAGCGGGUACAACACUACCUCAGCAGGCACUGCCAGCCUCAUCGACGGCCUCAGCUCUGACUGCCACGGCAAAGAGUCCUUCAGUUCAAACCUGGCAGAAGACGCCUUCCAACUCACUCGGCACACGAAAGUAAAGGUAUUUUAUCCUCACCACUAAGCCAUCUGAUCGAUGGAUUUUAAAGGGACACCUCUUCCAGUGGAAGCUUAAGAUGAAUCGUUUGCAACCAAAUACAGCAAAGUUUACACUGUUUUGAAGCGUCUAUGUUGCAUUGAUUUGGUUAGGGGUUUUACGAUUGGUUACUCGGUUGGUUUUUUUAAGGUUUGAAGUUCAAGUUGUCAUACUGAGAGCAAAUGCUCUCACACACAUGUUUCAUCACCGGUUGAAAGGGAGAAGACGAGCCCAGAGCCUGUCUUAGUCCCACUGUAAGACACUGAAUAGCAAAGAUUAUUAGUAAACAGUUCGGUUGGACCCAGUACGGUUUACUGGUAUGAUAAAGGGAAAGGACUUUUUUUAACAUUCUGUAUCAGUUUUGCACAACAGUAACCUCCUUGAUUGCAGUAUUGACGCCACGGUCAUUUCAUUUGUUCUACUUGGUGCUGACAUGAGCAAACUGAUGGAUCCUGAUUUUCAGAUGACUUCAGAUUUGUACUGUAUUUAUCUUUUUAUAAAGCAGUUUAUCAUGUUUUUUUAUGAUUAGAGAUUUUAUUGAAUGACUAAAAUGUGAACACGGGUUACUUAUGAAUCUUAUUUGGAUUGUGAGAAUAUUUAUUCCUGAAUAAGACUCAAUGAAUAAUGCCACUAGCAAAUUAAGAGUUGAUUGAGCCAUUUGUCGUUUUUAUUCAAAUAUACUUGGAAGCAUUGGCUGGAUUGUUAUUGCAUUAAAUUAACUUGAAUUCUU